AUUCGCAGGUUGUAUAUACGCUGAGUCAGAGACGGAACCCCACAGUAACAUUUCAUACUGACAGAUCAAUCGUGGGAUUUGGAUUAUCAGGAAAAAAUGGCGUCACCAUUUUGUGCUACUUCUUGUUACCCCGUCGCUCCCUCUUCUCUAUCAUGUCUUUUGCCUCUGCUUUCAUCACACUCCCGGUCUCAAAUGCAGUUGAAUCACCCAUUUGGUCUCUCUUCACGGCUCAAAUGGACCUCAGAGGCCCGGAAACCCCGAUCUCACCGGGUCUUCUGCCUUCGCGACACCAAAGCUGCUGUGGUUACUGGCAAGUCAUGGGAAAAACUGAUUUUGGGAAGUGACGUCCCUGUACUUGUGGAAUUUUAUGCUAGUUGGUGUGGGCCAUGCGGGAUGGUUCAUCGGGUCAUUGAUGAGAUUGCAACAGAAUAUUCUGGGAGACUGAAAUGCUUUGUCCUUGAUGCUGACAAUGACUUGAAAGUUGCUGAGAAUUAUGAUGUUAAGGCUGUGCCAGUGGUCUUGCUGUUCAAGAAUGGUGAAAAAUGUGAUUCUGUAAUUGGGACUAUGCCCAAGGAGUUCUAUGUGGCGGCCAUUGAGAGGGUUCUAGCUUCAUAGUUGUGGCUAUUGUGAUUGAAGCAUCAAGUGGUCAAUUAAAUUGAGAUAUUGCCGUGUUCUUUCCUUUUUCCAAUUGCAACUUCUAAAGCUUCUGUUUCAGACAUUUUACUGUUGCUCGUUUUCCUGCUCAAAAUUGUGAUAUUAGGCCUUUGUAUAGGUACCAAUUGUCCAAUGUAUUCAAGAAUGUCUCGAUGGAUUUUAUCUUUGUUUAGUGUUUAGUGCUAUCUUAGAUGAUAAAUGAUAUCGAGAAGUAGAACUCGAUAUUGUCUUCUGGCUCCCCUUGUAAUGUUCCUAUGUUUACAGUCAAAUGAAGUUGGGAUUUGGAUGGCUUUGAUCAUAGCA